AUGGCUGAUCGCGGACGUGGCCAAUCCCGGGGAGGUCGCGGAGGCCGUGGGCGUGGUGACUUCCAUGGCGGCCGCGGUGGAGGCUCAACAUUUUCCGGCUUUGACUCCGGCAAUACACGUGGAGGCGGAGGCGGCUUUCGCGGAGACCGUGGCGGUGUUGGGUUCCGCGGUGAUCGCGGCGGUGGUGGAUACCGAGGAGAUCGCGGCGGCGGCGGCGGAUACCGAGGAGAUCGCGGCGGCGGCGGAUUUGAUCGAGGUCGUGGUCGUGGCGGGACCAGAGGCGGCCGUGUCGACAAAUUUGCUGGAGAGUCCGAGGUGUUUAAAAGCUCGAGCGAUGCGCCGGGUCCGGACGCGAAGAUUGCUCAGCUAGAAGACAAGCUGAUCAACGAGGCCCUGUUGACAAAGCAGACCUCAGCGCUACAGAUCUCGGGCUCUGCAUCGCCAUCCCAGCCUGUCUCCGAAUUCAUGCCCCUGAGACCUGCGUUCGGAUCCAAGGGAAAGGAAGUCAUUCUUUGGGCAAAUUACUUCACCUUGCAGGCCAAAGCGCAGACAUGGUCCAAGUAUUCCCUCAAGGUAGCCAAAGUUGCCACGGAUAAAUCAGGUGCCAAGGUCAAUGUCCCCGAGCCAAAGGGCCGGAAGUUACAGAGGAUUAUAACCCUUGCCCUGGAUCAAGUGGGUUCCGCCAUUCCAGUUGCAUCGGAAUACAAGAGCCAGGUGGUUUCUCUCAAGCCCCUUGAUCUCCCUGACAACGGUGUCGUGGAGGUCCUUUACGCCGAUGAGGGCCGGGACAGCACCUACACAGUCAAGUUCCACGGUCCGAGCGAUGUAGCCCUGGACGACAUGCUGAGGUUUCUGUCGACGAUGCAAGCUCCUACCGCCACAUCCUCCUCCUCAACGUUCCCCAUCUAUGAGGAUGUGAUAGAUGCUGUGGGGAUUGUCCUCGGUCAGACUCCCCGAGCAAAGGAUACCAUUGCAUCGCUUGGCAGCAGUCGGCAUUUCCCAAUGAACCUCAAGUCCGAGGUUCACGACCUGGGCUAUCCUGGUUUCAACACCAUCGUGCGAGGUUACUUUCAGAGUGUGCGGCCGGCCACCGGACGGCUCCUUCUCAACGCUAACGUGUCCCACGGCGUCUUCCGCUAUUCUGGUUCUGUUAUAGAACUCAUGACUAGAUUUGCGGAUGCGAAUCACCAAAUCCGCGACAAUGACUUAAAGCAGCUGCACAAAGUUCUCGGUCGAUUGCGAGGCAAAGUCCAGAUCCUUGCCGACCGUGGCCAAGGAGAUCCCAAGCCGAGCAAGAAAGGCAAGGCGAGCUCUCACAAGGGACAAGCGAAGCCACCAGGAGUCGCAAGGAUCAAGGAGUCUGUCAUCUGUGGCCUCGCAACUCCCGGCGAUGGCGAUAAAAAAUCUAAGACCAAAGUGAUGCGCUUUGGCGCCCGCCCCCAUGAAGUGUCCUUCGUUAUCAACGAUAACGCACCACCUGGUCUUGAGGUUGGGAAGACAUAUACUGUGGCACAGUACUUCCAGCUGCGAUACGGUCGCCAAGUCAAUCCCGACUGGCCUGUCGUGAACACUGGCACCAAGUUGAAGCCAGUGUACAUGCCCGCUGAGUUGGUUGAAAUUAUACCGGGCCAGGCUCUUCGCCGCAAGACUACGGUGGAGGAAACGCGAGACAUGAUCCUGUUCGCUUGUCGGUCUCCUUUUGCCAAUGCGACUUCGUUGAUUACUACGGGGCGAGCUUGCCUCGGACUGGAUGGGAAUCCAGCUUUGAUGCGAUUUGGUAUUUCAGUCGACAAAACCCUGUUGAAGGUAAAGGGCCGCGAGUUGACCGCGCCACAAGUCUUAUAUGCCAGCAUGAAAAACCCGCGAGAGACCAAAAGGCCUCGUGUUUCUGAAGGGUCAUGGAACAUGGCCGAAGUGAAAGUAUCCAAGCCUGGACGCCCGAUUCAAAUUUGGACCUGGGUUUAUAUUAACAACUUUUCGGGCCGUUACGUCCCACAUGAUGUGCUGAAAGUCUCCAUGAAGAAGAUGAUUGCGUUCUGGAAGGCAAUGGGCAUCUCUAUACCGAGCCCUCCAGCCCAUGACGAUGGAUUCGAAAUCCAAAUACCCCAGGGCGUGACCGCCUACAAAGCAAUUGACGAGGCAUUCUCUCGAUUCCCUUCUACCGUUCAGUUCGUGUUUGUAGUUCUUCCCGACAAGGGCACGGAGACCUACAAUGCGGUGAAGACAUUGGCGGACACCAAGUAUGGCUUCCACACCGUCUCUGUGCAGCGCAACAACGUCACCAAAGAGGCAGGAGCUGAACAGUACUUCGCGAACGUCGGACUGAAGGUGAACCUGAAGGCUGGUGGUGUAAACCACAAGCUAGAGAAUGGCGUAAGCUUGGUCAAAGAAGGCAAGACCAUGGUUGUGGGAUACGACGUCACGCACCCAACCAACAUGUCUAGCAAUGCCGAGGACGCACCGAGUAUGGUCGGCAUGGUAUCAAGCAUCGAUGCGGACCUCGCGCAGUGGCCGGCCACGGCAUGGGCCCAGGCUGGCCGUGUUGAGAUGCUCGAUGCCACAUUACUGGAACGAUUCAAGGGAAGACUUAGGCUCUGGCAGCAACACAACCAGGGCCGCAUGCCCGAGAACAUCAUCAUCUACCGCGAUGGUGUGUCUGAGGGCCAGUUCAUCAAGGUCUUGCAGGAAGAACUCCCCCAGAUCAGGACAGCCUGUAAAGAAUUGUCAAAACAGAAGCCCAAGAUCGCCUUGAUAGUUUCUGUGAAGCGGCACCAGACUCGCUUCUUUCCCACCGACGCCCACAAUAUGACUCGAUCUCGGAACAUCAAGAACGGUACGGUUGUAGACCGAGGAGUCACGCAGGCCCUGGUCUGGGAUUUUUUUCUCACAGCGCAUACUGCCCUACAAGGCACGGCUCGUCCCGCCCAUUACACGGUGCUACUCGAUGAGGUGUUCCGCAGCACCUACAAGGCCGAGGCCGCCAACACCCUAGAGAAGAUCACGCACGACAUGUGCUACCUCUUUGGCCGCGCAACAAAGGCCGUCAGCAUCUGUCCACCGGCAUACUACGCCGACAUCUUGUGCACGCGCCAACGGGCGCACAUGAGCGAGCUGUUUGAGGGCUCCGACGAUGCGUCGAUCGCGACGUCUACGAGGGUUGACAUCACCUCGAGAGUGGUACACGAGAAGCUGAAGGACUCGAUGUAUUACAUCUAG